GAACGAGGAGCGCCUGCGGCGCCUGCUGGCGCGGCCCGGGGGUGGGCCGGGCGGCGCGGCCCAGCGCAAGGUGCGCGCCUUCUUCCGCUCGUGCCUCGACAUGCGCGAGAUCGAGCGGCUCGGCCCGCGGCCCAUGCUCGAAGUCAUCGAGGACUGCGGGGGCUGGGACCUGGGCGGCGCCGCCGAGCGCCCCGGGGCCGCGGCGCUCUGGGACCUCAACCGGCUGCUGUACAAGGCCCAGGGCGUGUACAGUGCCGCGGCGCUCUUCUCGCUCACGGUCAGCCUGGACGACAGGAACUCCUCGCGCUACGUCAUCCGCAUUGACCAGGAUGGGCUCACUCUGCCGGAGAGGACCCUGUACUUAGCUCAGGACGAGGAGAGUGAGAAGAUCCUGGCAGCAUACCGGGUGUUCAUGGAGCGCCUGCUCAGCCUGUUAGGAGCUGAUGCUGUGGAGCAGAAGGCGCAGGAGAUCCUGCAGCUGGAGCAGCGGCUGGCCAAUAUCACAGUGUCAGAGUACGAUGACCUCCGGCGAGAUGUCGGCUCCAUGUACAACAAGGUGACGCUGGGGCAGUUGCAGAAGAUCACCCCCCAUCUGCAGUGGAAGUGGCUGCUGGACCAGAUCUUCCAGGAGGACUUCUCGGAGGAUGAGGAGGUGGUGCUGUUGGCCACGGACUACAUGCAGCAGGUGUCCCAGCUCAUCCGCUCCACACCCCGCAGGAUCUUGCACAACUACCUGGUGUGGCGUGUAGUGGUGGUCCUGAGUGAGCACCUGUCACCGCCGUUCCGAGACGCGCUGCACGAGCUGGCCCGUGAGAUGGAGGGCAGUGACAAGCCACAGGAGCUGGCCCGUGUCUGCCUGGGCCAGGCCAACCGCCACUUUGGCAUGGCGCUUGGAGCCCUCUUUGUACAUGAGCACUUCUCAGCUGCCAGCAAGGCCAAGGUACAGCAGCUUGUGGAAGACAUCAAGUACAUCUUGGGCCGGCGCCUGGAGGAGUUGGACUGGAUGGAUGCUGAGACCAAGGCAGCUGCUCAGGCCAAGCUCCAGUACAUGAUGGUGAUGGUGGGCUACCCGGACUUCCUGCUCAAACCCGAGGCUGUGGAUAAGGAGUACGAGUUCGAGGUCCACGAGAAGACCUACUUCAAGAACGUCUUGAACAGCAUCCGCUUCAGCAUCCAGCUCUCAGUCAAGAAGAUCCGGCAGGAGGUGGACAAGUCCACGUGGCUGCUCCCACCACAGGCCCUGAAUGCCUACUAUCUACCCAACAAGAACCAGAUGGUGUUCCCCGCAGGCAUUCUGCAGCCCACGCUCUACGACCCUGACUUUCCCCAGUCUCUGAACUACGGGGGCAUUGGCACCAUCAUUGGACAUGAGCUGACCCACGGCUAUGACGACUGGGGGGGCCAGUACGACCGCUCGGGCAACCUGCUGCACUGGUGGACAGAGGCUUCCUACAGCCGCUUCUUGCGCAAGGCGGAGUGCAUCGUCCACCUGUAUGAUAAUUUCACCGUCUACAACCAGCGGGUGAACGGGAAGCACACGCUUGGUGAGAACAUCGCGGACAUGGGUGGCCUCAAGCUGGCCUAUUAUGCCUAUCAGAAGUGGGUGCGGGAGCACGGCCCGGAGCACCCGCUGCACCGGCUCAAGUACACACACAACCAGCUCUUCUUCAUUGCCUUUGCCCAGAACUGGUGCAUCAAGCGGCGGUCACAGUCCAUCUACCUGCAGGUGCUGACCGACAAGCACGCACCCGAGCACUACAGGGUGCUGGGCAGUGUGUCCCAGUUCGAGGAGUUCGGCCGGGCCUUCCACUGCCCCAAGGACUCGCCCAUGAACCCUGCCCACAAGUGCUCCGUGUGGUGAGCCUGGCCGCCCGCCCGCAUGCCCUCACUGCCCCCCCUGCACGAAUCGCGUCCCUGCCAGCUGCCGGGGCAGGCAUGGACCCGGCGCUGGUCUGCUCUGGGCGCCACCUGCCUUCUCAGCCCCUCUGGGACCUGGCCUUCCUGCUGUCCUUCACUUCAGGACGGGCCCGGAGCAGCCAGACAUUGGGCUCCAGGAGGGCGCAGGGCAGAGAUGCCGGGGUCCCCAGCUUCGGCUCUAAGGAGCCAGAUGCCCCUGGCCAGGCCGGAUUGUACAGGCCCGCCUUCACUGUGCUCUUGCCGCUGAGUCUGGUCAAUAAACUGCUGU